AAAUCCCAAAUGUGUCCUCCGUGCAAAUAAAUGCCCAGCAAGAAACCCGCCGCCAUUGCGGCGGCCCUUUCCUUCCUGGUAUCGGCCAAGUUAGGCAACCGUUUCUAUAUUGUCUUUUUGUGCCGUUCACCAUAAUUGCUGAAAAUCUACAGUUUCCAUCACAGCAAAGCAUAAAAUCAAAUCAAAAUCCCAUCUUUCAGGCCCGGUGAUUGACGAUGGAGAACUCACCGACCGCCAUGGCUUUUUCCGUUCUGAAAACCCUAUUAACCUCCCUGUUUUUCUACGCCGACAAGCCCUUGAUAGUAUUUGUAGACAAGUGUAAGCAUCUCCAAUUUAUUCGUUGCUUCCUCGUCUCCGCUUUUCUCUUCUUCCUCCGCCUUUUGCCCUCCCUUUUCCCCUCUUUCAACGCUUCACCGUUUCAAAGUUACAAAUUCUGUUUCAACUCCAAAAGAGGGGAAGCUCUUUGCCCUGUUGCCGACGGGGGAGGAGGCGAGCCUGGUAUUGCUAGAGCUCUGACGCAAGUUUUGUCGAUUGUGACUGAUAUUCCGGUGAGUUCCCGGAAGUAUGAAGUGGUGAGAUCGUUGGCCGAGAGGCUGAUAGACGACAAUCUUCUAGAUGGGAACAAAGCGCUACAGGAAGUUAAUCGCACGGUGUUGGCGGCGGCGUUUUGCCGGACGCUCAAGCAGCUUGAAUCCGCCGUGAUCGACCACGGCGGGAGUCACGUCGUAACUGGGACUCCAGACGGCGGCGGCAGCGUCAUCGACGAUUACUACCGGGGGCUUCGCCGCGUUGUAAGAGCGGCUAAGUUUUACGGGGAUCUCGUGCGGCGGCGCCUGAGCGCGAGGGAUGAGCUAAGCCGAUCGGAGGUCUCGGCUGAGAAGCUGGCGGCGGAGCUACUGUGGCUGGUUCAGAAAAUGACUGCUUGCGGCUGUUCGGAGGAUGCUCUUCGUAGGUGGUCUUCUGCUCAACAUUUGGCUCGGCUUUCUCUUUCGGCUGAGCCGCGGCUUCAAGGCGCGUUGGUCAAAGUCUCAGCAUUCUUAUUGGAUCAAGCAAGACAGUUGUGGAAAGAGGCAGAUGAAGAAAGCAUGAAAUAUGAUGAACUAAGACAAACAAACAUGAAUAUGCUGGUGUCAUGGCUGCCACUGCUGUGCCGCGCAAGCAAUGGCACAGACACUCCGGUUUUGAGCAUCAACAAGAGAGCGGAGCUAGAGAGAACGUUGGAGCUGAUAAUAAACACGUUGGAUGAAGAAGAGCAAGAAAAAGUGCUGUCCCUUUGGCUCCAGCACUUCACUUAUUGCCCGUCAUCCGACUGGCCAAACCUCCAUGAUAUUUACACUCGUUGGUGCACUGCUUCUCGCACCUCCCUCUUGCUCCUCAACUGAAACACCGGUACUGGUACUAUACAUUCUUGGUUCAAAUUGAUGCUUUAGUUAACUCCAUUUUACUGCCUGAGUUCCUAUGGAGUCUUAAAUCUUUGAAGAUGAGAGUUGAAGCUCCUGUGAAUACCAAAGCUCCAUUACGCCCAAAUAGGCAUAAAAUGAUCGAGAUUCCAUAGUGAACAACCUCGUGGAAGACUAGUACUACCCGAGCUUCAUUUCUACUAGUUUGGACCUGUUCUUCACCGAUUAGGUAGCACAGGGACUUUAGCAAUCAACCAUAUGUCAAUUCAGUCUUGCUCUAUAGUUUUCACGAAACAUUUAGUCAGGUGUUCUAUUGUUGUAGUGCCUGUCAAUUACUUGCAAAAUCAUGUAAAAUUACAGGAUAUUCUCAUUCAUAUAUAUAUAUUACUUCUCAGCUAUAGUUUCAGUUUC